AUGUCCGAUCCGAGGUUAAUUUUACCUUUUUCGGUUCGGCAGAUGUCGAAUGCCGAUGAAUGGUCAAGAUGGAAAGAUACGCUGGAGUUUUAUUUUACUGCUAAGAAUAUAUCUAAUGCAAAAAGAAAACAGGCGGAACUUCUCUUACUCGGUGGACCAGAAAUCCAAGACAUCUAUUAUUCGUUCCCGAAAGAUACUCCUAUUCCUGCUGACUCUGACGAGUACAACUUUACGCUCUCUCGGUUGGACUCCCAGAUAGAACCGAAAAGCAAUAAAUGGUAUGAACGUCAUGUGUUAUCAACUUUAAAACAAGGAAAGGGUGAAACGUUAACGGCUUUUAUCACCCGGCUCCGAAAUCAAGCUAAGUUAUGUAGCUUUGCGAGUACGUUUGUAGACGAGGCUGUCCAAGGUCAGUUAAUAAACGGUUGCAGUUCAGCUGAAGUACGUACCGAGCUCAUGAAACAAAAGGAAGACGCAACGUUGGCCGAUUUUGAACGUGUAGCUCGAACGCUUGAAACUGUUACUUCUCAAUCUUCUGCGAUGGCUAGUGGUGAGUUCAAUUCCACGCAAGUUAACGCAAAUACGAGCAACGUAUGCCGAAUUCCUGACAAGAAACGAAAUUCUAAAGGGAAAAAGUUUCAAAGGGAACCUUCCAAACGAGCUUCGAGUCCCGAUCGCGAUAAUACGGAUCGAUGUUUUUGCUGUGGUCAUUCCGGUCAUCGAGCGAAAGAUCCUAAGUGCCCUGCACUGAAAGCUGUAUGCGGAAAAUGUAAGAAAAACGGUCACUACAGUAAGGUUUGUCAUUCAUCCACAGCUGGCCAAUCUAAUUCGAGUUCGCGUGAUAAAAAUGAGCAGAGAAAGGAGUCAGUGAAGAAAGUUACUCACGAAGAUAUAUUCUGUGUUCGAAAUGAUUCAUCAGACGAGAUCGAAGAAUGGGUACCAUGUCGCAUCGGUAAUAUUGGUACUAAAAUGUUCGUUGACUCCGGUGCUUUGUAUACGAUGUUAUCGCGGAAACAGUGGCGGAAAUUGAAACGAAAUGGCGCUCAGUUUCAAGGUUUUGUACGUAACCCUGAAAUAAAUUUCUUCGAUGCUACUGGCGAAAAACAGUACACUGUUGCGUUUACUGUUCAAGCUGAAAUUCAAUGCAACGAUCAGACCGUUAUAUCUGAAAUAGUUGUCGUUGAAGAAGAUAUUCAAUCGUUAUUGGGUCGUCAAGAUGCUAAAGCCUUACAAGUACUUCGUGUUGGUUUGAAUGCAUGUAAAGAUACCCGAAUUCGCGCUAUUCCGAACCUGAUGAAACCAUUGGGUAAAUUGAAAAAUUUUCAAUUACAUAUUCCGAUUGACGAGUCUGUUCCACCUGUAAUUCAACCAUUUCGACGCAUUCCCUACGCACUUCGAGCUAAAGUUGAGAAACAAAUCAACGAAUUACUAGAAGCUGAUGUUAUCGAACGAGUUGAAGGGCCCUCACGUUGGGUUUCGCCGAUUGUUCCAGUAGCUGACGGUGAAGACGAUAUUCGAUUAUGCGUUGAUAUGAGAAGAGCAAACGAAGCGGUUCUAGACGAGAAAUUUCCCCUCCCUGUGAUGGAUGAUUUAGCUCCGUUGUUAGCUGAGGCUACGGUAUUCAGCAAGGUCGAUCUUAUCAGAGCUUAUCAUCAAGCAGAAUUAGACGAAGAAUCGCGAGAAAUUACCACGUUCAUCACGCACCUGGGUUUAUUUCGAUACAAACGACUCAUGUUCGGUCUCACCUGCGCUCCAGAGAUGUUUCAACGAAUUCUCGAAGGUGUUUUAAGCGGUCUAAUUGGUGUAUUCAACUUUAUCGAUGAUAUUUUCGUAUUCGGUAAAACGCAAGAGGAGCAUGACUUAAAUCUUCGAAAUCUACUUCAUUGUUUAGAAGAACAUGGACUGACAAUAAAUCCGAAGAAAUGUCAGUUUCGUAUGAAUGAAGUUACGUUCCUGGGUCAUAUUAUCAAACCUGGUGUAAUCCAACCUGGUUUUGAUAAAGUUGCUUCCAUUAAAGAAUUUCGAUCUCCAGAAACACCUGAAGAACUACGAAGUUUUAUUGGAUUAGUUUCAUAUGUUGGUAAAUUUAUCCCACAUUUAUCAACUGAACUUGACCUGUUACAACGUACUGCUCGUGAAUCGCCAUUCAAAUGGGACGCAGCUGAUGAACAAGCGUUCGUUCAUAUUCAGUCACUUCUUAGUGAUGAAACUCACCUCAGCUUGUUCGAUCCUACGUUAACAUCCAUCGUAAUGGCAGAUGCGAGUCCGGUGGGUCUAGGAGCAGUACUUUUACAACGAAAAGGUGACGAGGUACGUGUUAUCUGUUACAUAAGUAGAUCGUUAUCAGCAGUCGAGCGUCGGUAUUCGCAGACGGAGAAAGAGGCGUUAGCCCUUGUUUUUGCCGUUGAACGAUUAAAAAUAUACCUGCUUGGACGAACAUUUGAGUUAGUGACAGAUCACAAACCCUUACAGACGAUUUUCGGUACAAGGUCAAAACCAUGCGCUCGUAUAGAGAGAUGGGUGCUACGGAUGCAGGGAUUCAAGUAUGUUAUUCGAUACGCUCCUGGUAAAAAUAAUAUAGCUGAUCCUCUUUCUUGUUUACUUCAAACAUCCGCAGCUACGCACACUAUCAACGAUAUGUACGAAAAAAAUCUUAUCAAUUUCGUGACCCAGUUGGCUCCAAAAGCUGUAACUUUACGUGAAAUUCGAAAAGCGACUGAAAAUGACCCUGAAUUAUCAAAAAUAUGCGAUAGUUUAAUUUCGAAUCAAGAAAUUAAAUUAAAACCCUUCUCCGCAAUAGCUUCAGAAUUGUGUGUCGUCGAAGGUGUUCUUCUUCGUGGUGUUCGAAUAAUUGUACCAGCGGAAUUACGCGAUCGAGUGUUACAAAAUGCUCAUGAAGGGCACCCUGGUAUCAAUAAAAUAAAAGACAGGCUACGUUCGAAGGUAUGGUGGCCGAACAUCGAUAAACAUGCUGAAACGUGUGUCAAAACGUGUGAUACAUGUCAAAAAGUUGGCAAACAGAUUGUUACUGAUCAAAUUUCACGUCGUGACUUUCCUGAUGGUCCCUGGCAGCAGCUCGCGAUCGAUUUCAAAAGUUUGCCGGAUGGCAAAGAGUUAUGCGCAGUUGUUGAUUACUUCUCCAGGUAUGUCGAGGUGAAAAUUAUGAAAAGUACCACUGUCGAGGAUACUACUGCUUUUCUCGACGAAUUAUUUGCUAGACACGGAAUACCUUCAACUAUAACCUCUGAUAACGGACCUCAAUUUCGAAAUAAAUUUGAGGAAUAUUUACGUUCGUUAGGCAUUGCUCAUUACACUUCGUGUCCGUAUUGGGCAAGAGCUAAUGGUGAAAUUGAACGCCAGAAUCGGUCCUUGCAAAAGAUCAUUAAAAUUGCAGUGUUGGAGAAGAAGGAUAUUCAGUCUGAGCUAAAUAAAUACUUACUUAUGUAUCGUUCAACACCCCACUCAACUUUGGGGAAAAGUCCUGCUGAGCUUUUAUUCAAUCGUCGAAUUCAAGAUAAGCUACCUACCCUUCGGCCAUUCGUUGAGGAAGCGGAGGUUCGCGAGAAAGAUCGGCUGAAUAAAAGUAAAUCGAUUAUGGCGAGUGGAAAACCUCUUCCGCUCAAUCAGAAACUUCAAGUUGGUGAUGAAGUUUUAAUCGAACGUCCGUUUACCAAAAAUAAGUUUCAAAGUAAAUUCGAAGAUGAAAUAGGCGUAAUCGAAGCGAUAAAUGGUCCGGUUGUUAAUAUUGCAACGCCUACGAAAAAUAUUCAACGUCAUGAAAAUCAAGUCGAAAAAUAUACUCGUGCAACGCCUGCAACUCCUACAACUCCGGUUCCAGAUAAUGUUCCUGUGUCAGAACCUGUCUCCGAUCAAGCUAAUGAUCCGCCGGAAGAACCUUUACUUCGCAGGUCAUCGCGAGUUUCAAAACCCCCAAAAUGGCUUGAGAAUUUUCAAAAUUAA